AAACACCAAAAUCCAAUAUGGCUGAUGAAGACGAAGAAACAGAAAACAAAAUUGGCUUAAACGAAAUUCAAUUUUUCCCCAGUUCUUCUCAAACAAAUAUAUAUGGCUUGGUGAAAUUUUAUGACACCGUUCAUGGAUGUAAUAAAGUAUUAAUGGCAAGUUUAAAGGGAAGUGUAACGUGUAUUACAUCACAACAAAGUGCAAGACCUACUUCGACAUUAUCAUCACACAAUUUAUCUCUCAGAAAUUUACAAGGUUCAGAUAUUGUGUCUAUCGAUGCUUUUGAAUCAGACAGUAUAUUUUAUUUUGGAGUAACAUAUAUUAAGAAUGGUCACACAAGUCAUGAAAGAAAAUUCCUCAAUAUCUAUUCUGGAAGCACAGCAUUUCAGAAUGAAUUAAGCUUUGAUAACUUUCAGACAUUUGAUUUGGAAUUUGUGCCAUUUCAAUUAAUUCAUGCAAAUACGACAAAAGAAACAGUUUUUUUACUUAGUGGUGGUGAUAGGAAAAUACAUUUAUUUAAACAAAAUGACAAAACGCAACUAUUUGUUGAGUGCAAGGUUGAAGAUUAUUUUCUGGAAUUUAAAGAUCUCCCCAGUAGUGUUAUAUCCAUGGAUAUUUACUAUGACAUGGAAAACAAAAGGCGUAUCAGUGCCUACGCUUGUCAAAAUGGCACGUUAAAAGUAGCGCUUUGUACAGAAAAAGCAGUCAUGAAAGAAUGGCUUACUUCGCAUGAUGGUCCCAUAUCAUCUGUUAAAUUUUUUACAUUUGAAGCAAAUUCCAGAGAGGUUUCUGAAGAAAUGAAAGCACUGCUUGCAUCAACAAGAAGAAAGAAUGUUAUAAAAUAUACUAACUGUGGUGUUGUCCAUCUAUUGGUAACUGCUGUUAUUGAACCUUCUGUUGUUUACGAAGAUGUCAUCAACAAUGGUUUAAAUAAGUUCAUAAUACUUCCUGACUCUGAUCAAUAUGACUGCGUACUGUGUUCACAUGUAAAUGAUCUUACCUGGAGUGGAACAAAUGAAAUAUUGCUUGGAACUUAUGGUCAGAAACUUUUAGUGUACAAAAUGCAUAAAAUAAAGGAGGAAGAAACCGAAACAGAACGGCUAAAAGCUUGUCUUUUUUGGACUAAAAGUUUUUCGUCGCCUUUAUUUGCUAUGGAUUAUAUUGAUAUGACUAACGAUGGAGUACGAGAAUUGAUUGUCGCUUCAUCAAAAGGACUUCAUGUUUUGCAGCAUAAAUUUCCUGCUAUUUCUGUGAAGUUUCAAGAAGAGUUGUCAAAAUUGGACCAUGUUCAAAGAAACCAAACCGAGGACUCGUAGUCGUAGAAAACUAAUUUAGAAAUCUUUUAAGUUGUAUAAAUGUUUAUGAAUUAAAUUUAAAUUUCUGUUCUGCAAAAA